GCCGUAUAGCCAGAUACUCACUUACCUCAACCGAUCCUCAGUCCCCGAGGUAUACUUUAAUGGUAGCAAGCGGAGUUGAUUUAGGAUUUGUACCCACCAGCCCGCUGAGCCAUUCUUCCGACGACCACUACUACUACUGAGGACUGGUAUCAUAUCGACCAUCAUUCCGAUCAAACGACCGCGAGCGGUACUUUCACGAUUGACAUAAUGCCGACGGGACUCCAAGCUUUAUUGAAAGAGCGCAUCAGCACGGCUCUGCUAUGUGGUUCACCUGGAACGUGGAAGGUGCUGGUGGUAGACGAGCAUUCCAAGGCUCUGCUCGAGUCCGUUUACAAGCUGUUCGACAUCUUGCAUAUGAACAUCACAGCGGUUGAGAUGCUCAUGUCCCCUCGAGCAGCACAGCCGAGCCUGGAUGUCGUCUACCUGUUGACGCCCACGACUCAGAAUGUCAACCGGAUCUUGGCCGACUUUUCUGACGGGAGAAGAAGCUAUAAGCAGGUCCACUUGUACUUUAUCGAUGGUAUCCACGACAAAUUGGCGGAACGCCUGACUGGGGGACUACCCGAUGACAUUUUACAAUCCUUUGUCGAACUGUACUGCAAUUUCCGAGCGCUCGAGUCUCAAGUCUUCUCUAUCGACCAACCUUCCAACUUUUACACGCUGUACGGAAAUCCUGGAGGCGUAGUAGCGUCCGAAACUGCCCAAGAUAGAUUCGAGGAAGAUGUGAUUCUGACUAGUCGAGCGAUCCUCAAUAUCCUAGCUACACUCGGGGAGAACCCUUACAUCCGAUAUUAUCAACCACACCAUCACGCCCCUUUGGGACCAUUAUCCGUUUCGAGGACACCAGGAUCCUUGUACGGUGGUCCCUCUGCACCGCGUGGUCAUCCGGACGAACAACAGCAGCAACAGACGCCUCGGUGGAAACAGGCUCUGGGUGGGGGUUCGUCAGGUCCGACUUAUACGGGUGACCAGAUUCCGAAACGAUUGGCUAUGCAAAUUCAGAAGGACUUGGAUGAUUACAAGACGCUCAACCCAGAGUUUCCUCCCACGAUGAACUACCGACCUCGAUCGGUCUUGUUUGUGGUAGAUCGUUCGAUGGACCCGGUCGCGCCGUUCUUGCACGAAUUCACCUAUCAGGCUAUGAUCAACGAUCUCUUACCUGUGCAGGAUGGUACAACCUAUACGCACAAGGUCAAGACCGGGAUGGGCGUGAUCGAAGAGAGGACCGACAUCUUGUCAGAAGAAGACAAGAUCUGGACGCAAAUCCGGCACAUGCACAUGAAGGAAGCGAUCGACAAGCUGAUGGCCGAUUUCAACAAAUUUCAACAAGAACAUGCUGGGUUCAGAGCUGGCGAGAACGGUGUCGGUAUCAACGAUAUGAAGGACAUGCUGGCCAGUUUGCCAGAAUUCCAGGAAACGAGAGACAAGUUCUCCUUGCAUCUGGACAUGGCGCAAGAGUGUAUGGCGUUGUUCGAGAAGAGAAAACUGACACAAACGGCGGAUAUCGAGCAGUGUUGCGCGACCGGCGUCACAGACGAGGGCAAGCAACCGAAGUCAAUAGUAGAGGAGAUGGUACCGCUACUCGCAGACAAUGCAGUGUCCAACAAGGACAAAGUCCGUAUCAUCGCGCUUUACAUCCUCUAUAGAGACGGUGUUCCAGACGAGGACCGGAAAAGGCUGUUCCAGCACGCUCGCCUCUCGAUCUCGGAACAGGACACGGUCAACAACUUGGUCUACCUGGGCUGCAAAAUCGUUAGGACACCGACGGAUCGUGAUAAGCGCACGAGAGUAAAGCAGAAAUACAGUAGGACCGAGGAUGACUAUCAUCUGUCAAGAUACAAACCAUUGGUCAAACAGCUGAUAGAGGAACAAUCCACGAAUCGUCUCGAUCAAUCGUCGUUCCCAUAUCUGGGCGAGAUGCCGGUCGAUGCUGGUCCGCCACCUGCCUCGCUUCGUACACAAGGCCGACCGGCAGCGCAGUCCAUGCAGAGUCAGACUGGAUCUCUCCGAAGCGCUCGACCGACUUGGCACAAGGCGCCGGAAGCGAGACAGAAAGCCACGACCGAGUCGCGACAGCGAUUCAUCAUCUUUGUUGCAGGGGGUCUCACGUACUCUGAGAGACGGAUGGCUUAUCUGAUUGGAGACGCUCUGAACAAGGAAGUCAUCAUCGGCUCUACUCACAAUGUCACCCCUGAGAGCUUUGCCGCGGAUCUCAGAUCGUUGGGACGAUCCGGUAUCGGCGGAAACCCUCCCAACGCUAAACCCCUGAGCCCCUACGUCAAGCUUCAGAAAUCGCUGUCUGGCGCUCCCCCGUCGUUCCAACAGAUUCUCGAUUCCCGCAUAUGGACUGAACCUGUCGGCCCUCCAGCUCUCGCACCUCCACCCCCACCUCAAAUGACUGGACCCACACCUUCGACCUCGUCGAAACACAUGUCCAACCUGAUCCCGGGAAGGACGAGUUCCCCUGCUCCCAGCUUCAACUCCAAGCUGUCUUUCAAGAGGGACAAGAAAAAGGACAAGGAGGAAGCGCCGACCGAUGAGAAGAAGAAGAAGGGACUGUUCAAGAUGCGUUGGGACUAAGAAGGAAAGCGAUGAGCAGAACUCGACCCUAAAUACCCCUUGUUAUAUGUAUGUGAUCGCGUUUGUGUGAAAUCCUGGUCCGCCGCCUUGGUUCAUCCCAUCAACAGUUCCUCUUCUCAAUGUCGGUCCAUCCCUCUUGCUUGAAAUGAGUCGGUCGAUCUUCGGGUUCGGCGUUGGUUCGGGCAAAGUUCGCGCUAAACGGGCCGCGCCGGGAUCAGCGUGGUGGUUGGUUGACCUAUAAAUCUACUUGGCUGGCCGAUCAGAUGAUGCAGGCCCUCGCUCGCUGCUUACUUCUUGAUGCUCG